UUUUACAUGACAUAAUCGGAAAAAGAAAGAAAAAAAUGGUCGCCAUGUUGCUUUUGAGUUUGUUAUUUUGCUUUCAAAGUGUUGUAAAUGUAGGAGCUGUACAUAUAUCAUCUUGCUACAGAGUUGAAGAUUUUAUAGAUUGUUCGAGGGAAACAGAAGAGAGCUUUCAGGGAGAGGUAGCAGAUGACGUUUUAAACAUUCGCUUCAACCAUAUACAGAGCAAACAUCAAAUUGAAGAUGUUAAAUUUACGAAGCAUGUUAUCAUAAUGUUGGAAGAAUCUUUGAAUUUGUGUGAUGAUAUUAAUCAUAAACUGAUGAUGGUAGACGGGAAAAUGUGUACAAUUACUGAAUCAACUAAUUCUUUCGCUGAGUCAAGUUGGAGUAUUGACGAUGAACUAAUAACAGAUACAGUGACAUUUUCAAACAGUAAAGAUGAGGGAGAAAUUACUACAUUAGAAAUUCUUGGAUAUGUGGAAAAUACAGAGGGAAACGAUAAUGAAAUUUAUGUUAUAUUAUUAGGUGUACUCUCAUUUGUUUGUAUAUUUAUAAUUUUUGUUUUUAUGAUAUUGUAUAGGAAACAUAUAUGUUUUAAAUGUUAUAGUCAUAAUAUUCUUCCUUCACACGUAGACACAGUUUCACUUAGAAGAAUGUCUAGCAUUACUUCAUUGACAAGUGAUAAUGAAAUUGUGUUUUCGUGUGAAAUGGAACGAAAAUGUAAGUAAGAUUUUUUUUUAUAUUAAUUAGGUUAGCUUUAUUCACAGUUAAACUUCUUUUUAUUUCAGAUAUUUUGUCAUCCUUUACAGUAAUUAUAUUAGGACUUAUCCCUAUGAGGCAGAGUGUCAAAGACUUGCUAAUACAUUCUAUACAAAAGAUUUUUACAAUGGCUAUUAAUAGAAAUUUGAACUAUAAUACAUUUAUCAAUCUUUUAUAUCAGUUACUUAAUUAUAUUUUUCAUUAUUUUAUUCAGAAAAGAAAACCUUUACGUAGGAGCAACAGACGUCGUGUUGCUCCAAAUAGAUUAAUGUAUAAUCAGUUUUGAGUUUUGAAAUAUUAUAGUGUACACACUCAAUUCUAGUUUCAUGGAUAAAUUUUUACUUUCCUACUAUUUCAAAAGUUAUUAAAGUAUUCAUUGGAAUUAAACCAAAAACAAAAAUCUAUUCUUUUUAAACUGUGAAAAAAACUUACCUUAAUAUCUUGAACCAAUGACGACAGCUGUAACAGACAUUUCUCAAUCAUAACUAUUUUGAUGAGGUUCUUAUUUGAAUUCAUUUUUUUCUUCUUUUUUUUUCUUUUACAGUUUGCAACUUAUUAACAUAUGAUUAUCAAACAAGUGUUAAGGUGUAUUUAUUAGUACUUCACAUCCUGGAUUAAGUGAAUGGGAGGGGUAUAAGGAAUUAUCUAUACAAAGGGUGGAAUAAUGGAGAUGUUUUUUUUUUUAAUCCUCAUUUUUUUUCAUAUAUCAAUUAUCUAAUCUCUUUGUAUUUGAAAGAAACAAUACAAGUUGUUAUUUGUAGGUGGGGUCUGAUUUUAUUUACUCAAUCUUUCAUUUGCUGUUGUGAAAAAACACCUCAUAGUUUAUUAUGAUAAAAGAUUAAAUUAUUGUUUGAAAGAAAGGUGAUUGAUUGAUUAGAAAUACCCCCUCCCUCAUUUGUUUACACUUUUAGUCAAUUAAUUUUUGAGAAUUAAAUUGUCUGAAGACUAUUAACUUGGAAAGUUUUUCAUACAUCUAUAUAAUUAACAAGUUUGUUGUAUAGUGCUAUAAAAAAAAAAAGAUAUAUAAUAUCACUAAUUCAAUGAUAAUGAACUCCUCACCCCUUUAUUAAAACAUAAGGUUGUCUCCCUUUAAGGUUGUGUGCUUUUUUCUAUUUAAUCUUGAAAUAGUAAUAUGUUACUCAGGGAAAACAAGUUUUUUUAUAUAGUUAUGUAAUAUACAUGUUGUUUUUUUUUUCUUUUCUGUAUAGUGUUAUAAACAAGAUAUAUGAUAUCUAUAUUGCAAUGAUAAUUAACUACUCAAUCAUUUUAUUAACACAUAAAGUUGUCUCCCUUUAAGGUUGUGUGCUUUUUUCUAUUUAAACUUGCAAUAGUAAUAUGUUACUCAGGGAAAACAUUUUUUUAUAUAGUUAUGUAAUAUACAUGUUUUUUUUUUCUUUCUUUUUUGUAUAGUGCUAUAAAAGAAAGAUAUAUGAUGUCAAUAAUGUAUCAAUAAUUAACUUCUCAAACUGAUAAAUUUUUUUUUUGUGUGUGUGUGCGUCUAAUUUACUGUUUUAAAACUAAAUUAUAAAUGUGUGUAAAAAAAAAAAAAAUGAUAGAGUUUAUCUUCUUUUUUACUUUUUAUAAUACACAAUGUUGGAAAGAUAUAUCUUGUUUGUAUAUGUAAAGUUAUGUAAAUAUGUUACACCCAACCAGUAAAGUUUAUGUUUAUUGAUAGUGUUGCAUUUUAAAAAUGUUCUUAUGUGAUAUGUUAUUACAAUCAUGGUGCACUUUAAAAACAUAUUUGUCUUUAAAGAAUUUUUU